AUGGCGAGGAACCCGGAAGAAACAAACGCCUACCUAGUCGGAGGAGGAAUUGCUUCCUUAGCAGCCGCCGUCCAUCUAAUUCAAGAUGCCCACGUCCCUGCCCCACAAAUCCAUAUCCUCGAAUCCGGACCUUUGCCCGGAGGAUCCAUGGACGGCGCCGGGGACGCAGAGAAAGGAUACGUCCUCCGCGGCGGCCGGAUGCUGAAUUUCAGCUAUCUCUGCACCUACGAUCUUCUGUCGAAAGUGCCAUCGUUGACAGAUUCGAAGAAGAGCGUUAAGCAGGAAAUCGACGAGUUUAAUGCCGUGCCAGAGAAUAAGACGGAUGCGCAUGCGCGGUUGGUUGCUACGACGGAGAAGGGGCCGGAGAUUUUAAAUGUGAAGCAUAUGGGGUUGAAUGCGAGGGAGAGGGAAGAUUUGUUGCUGGUUGCGGGGAGUAGUGAGGAGGUGUUGGGGACGAAGAGGAUUGAUGAGUGUUUUGGAGCGGAGUUUUUUCGGACCAAGUUUUGGUAUAUGUGGGAUACUAUGUUUGCUUUUGAGCCGUGGCAUAGCGCGGUGGAGUUCAAGAGGUACCUUCAUAGAUUCAUUCAUGAAUUUCCGCGCAUCAAUUCAUUGGCAGGAGUCGACCGUACGCCGUACAAUCAAUACGACUCCAUCAUUCUGCCCAUUGAGACUUACCUGAAAGCUCAAGGAGUAGAUUUCCGUUAUGAAACAAAAGUCAACUCGGUCUCAUUUGCACCGUCUUCAGCAAUCACCGUCUCAGAAAUCCACGUGGUCUCAAAAGGCGGCGCAACAGGAAUCAUCCACGUCCAUCCCCAAGACAUCGUAAUCAUCACACUCGGCUCAAUGACCUCCUGCUCCUCCCUCGGAACGAACACCUCUCCUCCCGCCCCAAACCCAGACCUGGCUCUCUACUCCCGCGACGGCUCCUGGGGCCUCUGGUCCUCGCUCGCCGACCCCAUCAUCAACCCUCACUCCUCCCACUUCGGCAACCCCUCAAACUUCUAUUCCCGGAUCCCCGAAUCCGCAUGGCUAUCCUUCACCGUAACACUCAAGAACCCCGCCUUCUUCCACCAGAUCGAGGAAUGGUCCGGCAACAAAGCCGGCACGGGAGCCCUGACUACAUUCAAAGACAGCGAAUGGCUAAUGUCCAUCGUCGUCCCGCACCAGCCUCAUUUUCUGAACCAACCGGACGGCACGCAAGUCUUCUGGGGCUACGGCCUCUUUCCCUUCAAGGCUGGGAAUUUCGUCAAGAAGCCCAUGGCGGAUUGUUCGGGGGAGGAAAUUCUGACGGAACUGUUGCACCAUUUGAAUUUCCCCGAGCAUCCGACGCUGGACAACGCGAUUACGAUUCCGUGUAUGUUGCCGUAUGUCACGAGUCAGUUCUUGACGAGGAAGGAGGGCGAUCGACCGGAGGUGAUUCCGAGGGGGAGCACGAAUUUGGGGCUUUUGGGACAGUUUGUGGAGAUUCCGCGGGAUACGGUUUUUACGGUUGAGUAUAGUGUUAGGGGAGCGCAGAUGGCGGUUAAGGAGUUGAUGGGGUUGGGAAAGGAGAUGAGGAUUAGGGAUAUCUAUAAGGGGGAGCAUAAUGUGAAGGUUUUGGUGGAUGCGUUGAGGAUGUUGUUGACUUGA